AUGGACAGCAUGCCGAGCCCUGUCAUCGCCUCCGAAGGGCACAGUUCUUGGCAAACACUUCACGAAUGGUUCAACGAACCACACGACUACGAGUGGAUAAAGCACCAGAGAUCCGGCCGAGCAAUCAUCCCCGAUCUUCCGAACCUUGCUCGGAAUGAUGACGAUCAUCUUCGGACUCUCCGCGUUCUACAAAUUGAUCGGCCCGGAUACGCCGCCGACCACACCCGGCAAAGCACUUUCGAUUUUCGUGAUCUGCACGUGUGUGGGAAUCGCCGCAUGCUGGUUCACACAACCAUUUCCCGGACGCCGGGGUUGCUUGCAUUCGGGAUAUUCGCAGAUCUCGGGAUCGCGGCCGCAGUCCUUCUGGUGCCGGAUCGCUCGUCCGCGACGUUCGGUUGCACCGUCUUCGCCGUCACCGGAACCUUUGCGACUCUUUUUAAGGCGACGUCGAUAUCACGACGCUUCUGGCCCGUGGCACCGUUCUUUUCGGAGCUGUCACACUCGUUCCCAUUUUUGCGCACC